CUGUUGUCACAAAUCUGCUACAGAAUGGGAUUGUUAAUGAGUUCUAUGGGCCAAGUAGGGUCCGCAAAGAUGAUCAGUUUUGCAAUGGGAACAGUGUACCAGCAGUUUAUAAAUGAGGAGGACACAACUUUUGACCAGUUUCACGCUGCCAUGCUUGAUGUUUUCACCACUUUUAAUGCUGCUAUGCCCGGUAGACACUACGAUGCGCCCCGACUGAAGGAAGUAGAGGCUUUCUUCGAAGAUUGGAUAAAGGCCGACACGAAUGAAAAAAAAGAGAAAUUCAUUGAAUUUAUGAACAAGAGUGUGAAACCCAGCCAGGCUGAUCCCACUACCUUGUUCGCCGGAAUAGUAACACCUCCAGCAGCCUUGGCUGCUAAAAAAGCUGGGGAGACUCUUCCCCAGCUUAAAAUGAUCAAGAACGUCCCAGACGUCCUUUUCGUGCCAACGGCAACAGUAAUAGCACUCAUAACUGUAAAGAUCUCCAGAAGAAUGUUCAUGACGAAACUAGCAACAGAAUAA